UCAUUCACCAACUUCUCAUCUCCACAGUCGCCAAUUUCCGAAUCUUCAGGACUCAAAUGGCAUUUAUUUAACACAGCAGACCCAUUUUCGUCAUUUUACGUUAUCCCCCCUUCUCGUCCGCUCUAACUCCAUCACUGUGUUUUUCUUCACCUCUUCCAUCUUCCUAACCAACAUUCACUCUCUUCCUCCACUUCCACUUCACUCUCUCCUUCCCCAUUUUCCCAACCAUUAAUGGGCUCUAGAAUUCCAUCUCACCAGCUCAGUGGCGGUCUCUAUGUCUCCGGCCGCCCUGAGCAGCUCAAGGAGCGGCCCCCUACAAUGGGCUCACGCGCUGUCCCUUACACCGGUGGAGACGUCAAGAAAUCAGGGGAGCUUGCUAAAAUGUUUGACCUCCAUCUCGUCGAUUCCCCAACUUCCGGCCAUCCUCCUUCUAAAUCCUCUCGUCCUUCGUCCUCUUCUCAGCACAACAGUGGAUCGGUACGAUCCGGCCCUAAUUCCGGACCUGUCACUAAGCACUCUAAUUCCGGUCCGAUCUCCAAGAAAUCAUCCGGCCCGAUUUCCCUCCCGCCAACCGGUCUCAUAACCUCCGGCCCUUUGGGAUCCGGUCCUCUUGGAUCGUCCAGUAGCGGCGGCGGCGGCGGAGGACGGCGCUCCGGCCCUCUGGAGCAGACGACGUCUUUUGGUAAGACGAUGUACGGGGCGGCGGUCACGAGCUUAAGCGAGGAUGUCAAAUUAGGGUUCAAGGUUUCGAAGGUAGUGGUGUGGGCUUUUCUUGUGGUUUUAGUCACCGGUUUGUUGGUUGGCGCGUUUCUGAUGGUGGCGGUGAAGAAGCCGAUUAUUUUGGUGGCGGCGGGGGGGCUUUUGGUUCCGGCAGUGAUUGCGAUUCUUUGGAACAUCGCUUGGGGAAAAAGGGGGUUGAUAGGGUUUGUGAGAAGGUACCCGGACGCUGAGCUCAGAGGCGCUAUUGAUGGACAGUACGUGAAGGUCACAGGGGUCGUCACGUGCGGCAGUAUUCCUCUCGAGUCGUCCUACCAGAGAGUACCGAGGUGCGUUUACGUGUCUACUGAACUGUAUGAAUAUAAAGGAUGGGGUGGAAAGCCUGCAAAUCCUAAACACCGCUGCUUUUCUUGGGGAUCUAGAUAUUCUGAGAGAUAUGUAGCUGACUUUUACAUAUCAGACUUUCAAACUGGUUUAAGAGCAUUGGUGAAAGCAGGCUAUGGGGCCAAGGUUGCUCCAUUUGUCAAACCCUCCACCGUUGUCGAUGUCACGAAUGAAAACCGAGACUUGUCUCCAAGCUUCCUAGGCUGGCUAGCCGAUCGCAAACUCUCAAGCGACGACCGUGUAAUGCGCCUUAAAGAAGGGUACAUCAAGGAAGGCAGCACCGUGAGUGUGAUGGGGGUCGUUCAGCGCCAAGAUAACGUGCUCAUGGUAGUUCCAUCAACAGAGCCUGUGUCGACAGGAUGUCAAUGGGCUCGGUGCCUCCUUCCAACCUAUGUCGAAGGUUUAAUCAUAACCUGUGACGAUAAUCAGAAUGCAGAUGUGGUUCCCGUGUAGAUAUGCUAUAGUUUCACCUUAAAGUUUCCGAGUAAACAACAUCCCAAGGAUGCGAUAAUGAGUUCCACGAAUUAUGUAUAUGCCACUUUUGCUUCCAUGUAUUUUAUUUUUGACUCUGUUUAUAUUAUGUACAUAAAACUCAGAUCCUAAGGGAAUCCCACGCGAAUCGAAAUUCCUUUAUAAA